CCCAGGGAAAGCGGCUCGGGCAAAAGGCGGCUGAGAUUGGCAGAGUGAAAUAUUGCAGCUGAGCGAGCGCAUCAGGGCACUCGUCUCUCCCCAUCACCUAUCCACCUCCCGACUCCAACCUCUCUCCAUCCGGGAUCACUGACAUUGGCUACCACCUGGACUGCUACGCUGCACUGCUGCAAAGCUACUGGGCAGUAGCCCCUACAGUGCAUUGCAGAGACCCUCCCCUCUUCCAUUUUCCAGCCAGAGCUACUGCAGACUGAUUGCACCCUCUCUUCUCCUGCUGCUCCUCCCAUGCAAAGCAGAUCUCUGCUGCCCCAGCUUCGUCCUUUUCAGGAGGGCUGCUACCAUCUAGUCAUCCAAAGACUGUCGCCAGGUGCUGGAGACCCCGACCCGGAGUGUGCUAGGCUGGGGGAUUCCCCGCCUUCAGCCAGUGCGCAGUGGUUGAGGGCCGCAGUCCAAAACUCCAGUUUGAGCCACGGUCCCGUUUGAAUGAGAGCUGUGAGUUUGUGAAGACAUGACGACCACUCUGGACUCCAACAAUAACACAGGUGGAGUCAUCACCUACAUUGGUUCCAAUGGCUCAUCUCCCAGCCGAACCAGCCCUGUUUCUCUCUGCAGUGAGAGCUCCAAUGGCAGCUUCCAGUCCCUGACCCACGCCUUUCCUGCCUAUUUUCCACCCUCCCCCACUGGCUCCCUCACUCAGGAUCCAGGCCGGCCCUUUGGGGGUGGCCCUCCUGGCUUGAGGGAAGAUGGCUCCCCUUCAUCGUCAUCUUCAUCUUCUUCCUCCUCUUCUUCCUCUUCAUCUUCUGCCUCCUUCUAUAAUGGAGGCUCCCCUGGAGGACUUCAAGUAGCCAUGGAGGACAGCAGCCGAGUGUCCCCUAGCAAGAGUACCAGCAGCAUCACCAAGCUCAAUGGCAUGGUGCUCCUUUGUAAGGUGUGUGGGGAUGUUGCCUCUGGCUUCCACUAUGGAGUCCAUGCCUGUGAAGGCUGCAAGGGCUUUUUCCGAAGAAGUAUCCAGCAGAACAUCCAGUACAAAAAGUGCCUAAAGAAUGAGAGUUGCUCCAUCAUCCGUAUCAACCGUAACCGAUGUCAGCAGUGCCGAUUCAAGAAAUGCCUGUCUGUUGGCAUGUCCCGAGAUGCCGUGCGUUUUGGACGGAUCCCAAAGAGAGAGAAGCAGAGGAUGCUUGCUGAGAUGCAAAGUGCCAUGAAUCUGGCUAAUAACCAACUGAGCACUCAGUGCCCACCUGAGGCCUCACCUGCCAGGAUCCCUGCACCUGGCCCGUUGGGCUCCUCACCACCCCCAGUUCCAGCUCCCUCACCUCUUGUGGGCUUCUCCCAGUUCCCCCAGCAGCUGACACCACCCCGAUCUCCAAGCCCCGAGGCCAAAGUGGAGGAUGUCAUCUCCCAGGUGGCCCGAGCCCACAGAGAGAUCUUCACCUAUGCUCAUGAUAAGCUGGGCACUGCACCCAAUGGCCUGAAUGCCAACCAGACACCCAGUGGCCCCCCAGCAUCUACAGUACCCCGCUGGGAAAACCAUUGUUGUCCUUCAGCACCUCCUGAUGACAACAACUCGGCUGCCACCCAGCGCCACAAUGAAGCCCGAAAUGGACUUCAUCCAGCUCCAAACUCAUACCCACCAACCUGGCCGACCGCUCCUUCCCAUCAUGGAUGCCACCAGCAUAAUAGCAAUGGGCAUCGCCUCUGCCCUACCCACAUGUAUCAAACCCCAGAGGCUGAAAACUCAUCUGGUUGCCCCUGGCAGGACCGCUCUAAGAACAUUCUUUUGGCAUGCCCCAUGAACAUGUACCCCCAUGGGCGUAGUGGGCGAAGCGUUCAGGAGAUCUGGGAGGACUUCUCGAUGAGCUUCACGCCUGCUGUGCGUGAAGUUGUGGAGUUUGCUAAGCAUAUCCCAGGCUUCUGUGACCUCUCUCAGCAUGACCAGGUCACUCUGCUCAAGGCUGGUACCUUUGAGGUGCUGAUGGUACGUUUCGCUUCACUGUUCAAUGUGAAAGAGCAAACAGUUAUGUUCCUGAGCCGCACAACAUACAGUCUGCAGGAACUGGGCGCCAUGGGCAUGGGUGACCUGCUCAAUGCCAUGUUCGACUUCAGUGAAAAGCUUAACUCCUUGGCUCUCACAGAAGAGGAGCUGGGACUGUUUACUGCAGUGGUGCUUGUCUCUGCAGAUCGAUCGGGUAUGGAGAACUCGGCUUCUGUAGAACAACUGCAGGAGACGCUGCUCCGGGCGCUCCGGGCGCUGGUCCUGAAGAAUCGGCCCUCAGAGACCUCCCGCUUCACCAAGCUGCUGCUUAAGCUGCCUGACCUGCGCACCCUCAACAACAUGCAUUCCGAGAAGCUGCUGUCCUUCCGAGUAGAUGCCCAGUGACUACAGCCCCCACCGAUUUCUGUCUUCAUCGGGCCCUGUCCUUGUACAGAACUGAACUCUGCACUUCUCUCUCCUUUAAGAGACAAAAAGACAAACACCGUCCCUUCCCCAGAAUCUUAUUUAUAUUGUUAUAAAAUAUCCCCCCAUGAGCCUCUGGGCUCCUCCACCCCAGCCUUGUAAAUUAGUUCCCUCCUUAUGGAACUGCUCUAUUCCUUCCUGUUGAAUCCCCCAUCACCCGAUGUGUCCUGUUCUAUCUCAAAUCAGUAGCUGACAUCUA